GUCAUUUUUGACACUAAUGAAUCAUCCAGUCAAUCCAAUUUUAUAAUAAAAACAAGAGCCAAUUAACCGAAACUGACUAUUGAAAUGGAUAUUUCCCAGUAAAUUCAGAAAAAUUAGUAAUAAAAAAAAUGCUAUACUAUUAAAUCAACAGUAUUAUAUUCACCCGAAAACUUUUAAUUACGAAGAGUAUCAAAGUCUAAUCUGUUGUUUUCCUGGAUGGUAACAUCCUCAUUCAAUUUUUUGUACACUUUUUAAUGUUGUGACGAGUUUGAAUACGCAAAAAUGGAAGCUGUACCGCGACUUCCUAUGAUAAGUUUCCGAUUAAAGGUAUCAACAGAGAAAACUUCAUUUGGUCCACAAUUGAAACAGUAUAUUGCCCAAUUCUAUGGGGAAGAUCCUGAAUCUUACAAUAAUGAGAUACAUAAUUUGGAAAGUCUGAGAGGUGGAGCCGUUCGUCCCACUAUAGAUGUAGAAGGAAUCCAACUUCUGAAAAAGUAUUACUGCCAGCUGCAUUUUUUGAAAUCAAGAUUUCCCAUGGAGGAGCUUCAAGUAGCUGCAGUUAACUUCUCAUGGCAAGAUAAUUACUCAACUAUGGCUUGUGCUAUACCUGAUAUAAGAUUUGAAUUGAUGAGUAUUCUUUAUAAUAUAGGAGCAUUGCAUUCUCAACUAGGAGCAGCAGAUCAAAGGGUUACUCCUGAUGGAAUGAAAAUAGCUUGUACUCAUUUUCAGUGCGCUGCAUGGGCUUUUCAGGUUUUGAGAGAGAAUUACUAUCAGAUGGUUACCUAUAUAUCAGCUAUCGAAGUUGUCCAUUUUAUGGAACUAGUUUGCCUAGCUCAAGCCCAAGAAUGUAUAUUAGAGAAAAGCAUGAUGGACAAUAGAAAAGCGUCAAUUAUAGCUAAAGUGGCAGUGCAAGUAGUGGAUUAUUAUAAAAAGGCCCAAAUAAUGCUUCAAGGAGGUGUCGAUGAGAACAAUUACAGCGAUUAUGUCCAAGUGGGGAUCUUUAAGGAAUGGGUGAAAUAUUUGAAUUUCAAAGUAGCAUACCAUAAAAGCAUCACUCUCCUUUACCAAGGCCAGCAGUCAGAAGAACAACAGAAAAUGGGGGAACGUGUUGCUUUUUACCAGGCAGCCGCAGAACAGUUGGAAGUAGCCAGAAAACUUUCAGCCGGAUUAGAAAAAAAACAGGAUACAACAGAAGCUUUGGCCUUUACCUCAGAUUUUGUCGAGGGAAAGAAAAAGGCUGCCAAAAACGAAAACGACUUCAUAUAUCAUGAGGAAAUACCGCAUAAAGAUACUUUUCCUGAAGUUAACGGUGCUUCCUUAGUAAAAGGAAUACCUUUUAGCGUAACCGAUGUUGAGGUUUCUGGACCCGAUUUGUUCGCAAGGUUGAUCCCUAUGGAGGCACACGAAGCGUCCUCCCUGUACAGUGAAAGGAAGGCAAAACUCUUGAGACAAUACGGGGAACUGAUUGAGAAUAAGGACCAAAAGCUGGCAGAAUUCAUGUCGUCUUUACAGAUCGAAUUUUUAAAUGAUAUGCGACAAGCUACAGGAAUACCCCAAGAGAUUGUCGACCGAGCUGCAGCUUUGUCUGCGAAACCCAACGCAAUCCAGGACCUGAUCAGUUCUAUGACGAAACUGUCCAAUAGCUAUCACGAAGUCGAAUCAUUGUUGAACGAAAUCGAGAAUCUGUUGAAGGAAGAAGGACAAUCGGAAAAAGAAUAUCAGAAAUCCGUGGGAGAAAGGCCCCCAAGCAUAAUCGCCACCGAUUUAUCCAGAGAAGGGGCUAAAUAUAGAGAAGCUCACAAUAAAGCGAAUGAGGCUAAUCAGAAUUUACACAGGGCGAUGGUGGCUCACGUUGGAAAUUUGAAAACGCUGUCGCAACCUUUGGCACAACUGCAGCAGACUAUGCCUUCGGUGAAAUUGCCUGAUCCUAAUAUCGAUGAGUCGUCUCUGAAAGAAGUGGAAAUGCUGUUGAGCAAAGUUGACGAAAUGAGGACUCAGCGCAGCAUACUGUGGGCCCAAUUGAGGGACGCACUUCAUUCGGACGACAUAACACGCGUGCUGGUCACGAAAGAGGCAAAUCAAACAGUUGAGGACAUUUUUACGAAGGAGUUGGAGAAACAUCAACAUUUGACAAAUUUGAUCGAGCAGAACACAGCAGCUCAGGAAAACAUCAUAAAGGCCUUCAUAGACGCAUACGCCAGAUUCUCCAAUACCAGAAGAUAUCUGCAGGGUGUGGUAUCCAAGAGGCAAUCGAUGAUCAAUUCCUUGGUUUCUUCCUACGACAGUUACGAAGAUUUACUCUCCAAAGCCACCAAAGGCAUAGAAUUCUACACUAAACUAGAAACUAACGUCACCAAACUGCUUCAGAGGAUAAAAAGCUCCUGCAAGGUUCAGCAAGAAGAAAGGGAGCAGAUGUUGUCCAAAAUAGCCCCACCCGUUAAACCGGAAUCGAAUUUGACAGAAUCAAACACCCCCAAACUGAAAGAUUAUCUGGAUUCGAUGAAAAAGAAAACGCCUUCUAAAACUGUGCCCGGACAAGCUUACCCGGGUGCCAAUUUCGUGGGAAACAUAUCCACAGCUAACGAUGCUCAAGUGUGGCCUCCAGGUAUCAGACCGACACCGCUUGGAUCUGAAAUCAACGACGUUUAUGAUUCCGGAGUCCGAAUGCCGACCAACUCCUAUUAUACGCAAGACAAAAAUUCCCAGUAUUCUAACAUGAACGAGAAAUUCAGUCCCGGCCAACACAUUCAAAGUCAACAGUUUGGAGGCUCUAACCAGUUUGUCGGAGGUUCUUAUCCAUCGCAGCCAAUCCCGAAUCUACCUGCCGAGGCAUCUUAUCAACAGUAUAAUGCCCAAGCUUACGGGUAUUACAACGCUGCUCAAUCUGUUAACACAUCUGUGAACAAAACCGAUAUACCACCUCAAACAGGACCUACUUCUACCGAAAAUCGUGUCUUGGGCCAAGCCAACAGGGGAAACAGUUACAUUCCGGCUGUUUCGAAUCAGUUGAAUCCAGGUAGUUCAAGUGUAGCUACUUCUGGUACUGCUGGAUUCCCUCAGUUGAAUCCAGGUAGUUCAAGUGUAGCUACUUCCGGUACUGCUGGUUUCCCUCAGUUGAACUCGGGUAGUUUAAGUGUUGCUGCGUCUAGUACUGCUGGUUUCACUCAUUUGAAUUCUGGUAGUUCAAAUGUACCAAUGUCUGGUACUGCUGGUUUCUCCCAGUUGAAUCCGACGGGUAGUUCAAAUGUACCAAUGUCCGGUACUGCAGGUUUCCCCCAGGGUAGUUCAAAUGUACCAAUGUCUGGUACUGCAGGUUUCCCCCAGUUGAAUCCACCGAGUAGUUCAAAUGUACCAAUGUCCGGUACUGCUGGUUUCCCUCAGUUGAAUCAAGGUAGCAGUAGUCCAUCUACUUUCAACCAAAUGAGUUCAGCAGAUGCCAACUUGACCCAGUCUCCUUACGGUCAAAUGGCUGCAAUGAAUGCUAGUUUUGCGCCACAGAUGAAUACCCCAAACGCAAAUAUGGGUCAACCUGGAGAAACAUUGUACAACCAAAUGAACCCUCAGUCCUACAUGUCUCAAUACAGUUCGUACAUUCCAACUCAUUACCAGCAAAUGAAUCAGCCGAUUUCGGAUUCUCCGAAUUUGCAGUACGAUCCAAGUGCUUCGAACAGUUUUUAUGCCAGCGGAUAUGCCACGUCUCAGAAUUUCCAGUCGUCCGGUUUGGCAACGGUGCAAAGCAACCGGUAUCACACCACCGAAGUUACAUCGCAGCCCGAUCAAACAUCUGGAAUCUACAGCGCCACCUACGGAACUGCACAGACGUAUCCAACUAACCAGGUCCAGCUGAGUUAUUACGGUACGGAUUCUCAGCAAGCCUUUGUGUAUCCGGGCAACUAUCCCACCAGUUCGGCACAGAAUUACAACCAGGCCGGUCAAGAGGUUAUAACUUCAGAAUAUGGACCAGUCUCCUACAACCAGUCCCAAUACAGCGAAGGUUAUGUCGGGGCUGGAUCCCUCCUUGCACCGAACCAAUUCAACCCGAGCUACAUGUACACCCAGGCGGGGAUGAACUACUCCUACAACCCGAACAACACUUCAUCGAGCAACGGGGGUUUGACAUCGCCCCCGUGUGUGCAAAAUACCGACAAUGGCAAAUAUCCUCACAUUUCAAACCCCCCUGUCCAAUCUAAUAUUAACAUUGCAGCACCGACGACAGAUGCCAAGAAGGAAUCCUCUACGAUCGACCUACUUUCAGGUCUAGAUUUCUCGAUAAGUCAGGUACCUCUCGAACCGGAGCAGAAAAAAAUCGAACCGGUAGAGAAAAAAGAGGAAGCCCUCGCUUCGAAGCUUCAAAACAUUUCGAUCGGUUCGUUGUCGCCUGAAAAUGCUUCGGAUAAAGUAGAGAAGGUAAAGAGUCCACAAACUUCGGAUUAUACGGUUAAGGUUAUGCCCAGUAAGGCUUUGGAUAAUGAAACUGUAAAGAAAACGUUCCUUAACGAAGUAGAUAAAUACGAGAAGUUUGUGGACGUUUUGAGUCAUAAAACGUUGAGCGGUUCUACGAAUCUAGACCUGAAGUGGAAAGAGAUCCAGGACACGCAAGAUGGUGAUGGUUUACGCAAGAAUAUAUCUGUGGCUAGGUGCUAUCCUAUGAAAAAUAGAUUCCCGGAUAUUCUUCCUUAUGACCAUUCUAGGAUCGUGUUAAAAUCGACCGUAGAUGAUUAUAUUAACGCUUCUUAUAUCAAGGACAUUUCAGUUUACGUUCCACCCGUUAUAAUCACCCAAACGCCAUUGCUGAGUACGGUGGCUGAUUUUUGGACUAUGAUAUUGGAACAACACGUUGAAUUCGUUCUGUGUGUCCUUGGUGACAACGAGAUCCAAGGAGAAAUUUAUUGGCCUCAAGAAAAAGGGAAGGAUAUUUAUGUUGGUAAUAUGGUGAUAUGCCUGCAGAAUAUUACUGUGAAGACUCAUUGGACCGAAAGAUUGAUUUCGAUUAGUAUUCCUGACAAAAAGCAAUUUGCGACUAUUGUGCAUUUACAAUUCACAGAAUGGCCUGAGAAUUUACUUCCAGCUUCUUCAGUUCCAUUCAUAGGUUUCGUCAAAGAAUUCAUCAACCUGCAUCAGCAGCAGAAGCUGCUUUCAAAUCCCAUCGUCGUACACUGUUCAUCCGGAAUUGGAAGGAGCGGUGUUGCUUGUUUGUUAAUCUUUGCUAUUUUGGAAGCUACCAACAGUGUGACUCUACCCGACUUGACUUCUCUGGCGAAUAAGAUAACAUCUUUCCGCAAGAAUAUUUUGAGAGACAGGGAACACCUGAAAUUUGCUUAUGUUGCAUUCUUGGCCUACAUGAAACAAAUCGUUUCUGAUAAUGCUAAUGUUUCUAAUUCCUCUGAGGCAAUCGAGGGAGAGAAAUCUAAAGAAAAUUCAACAGAAAAUGAUCCCUUAAGUAGUCUAGAUCCAUUUUGGGCGAGUAGAAAGCAGAGAAAGUAAUUUAGUUAUUGCACUGAGAAACUUUAUUUAAUCAUUAUUCUGUAUUAAUUCUUGUAUAAUGUACAUAUAUUAUUUCAAAUAAACUCUGAUGGUUCUUC